GUCUCCUCCCUCGUCACCGCCGCGGAACACGCCCCACCCUUCCUCACAAAGACGGAGAGCGGCCGCUCCCCUUCCGUCGGCGCCGACGGCCUCGUCCGCGGCUCCUUUGAUGUCGUCGACGCGCGGGGACGACGGCUGUUUUUGCCUCGGUACGGCCUCUGGCGCCGGGUCGGAGUCGGUGUGAGGCGGGUUGUGCCGCGCUGUGGUGCAGGAUUUCUAUGCCGGAGGGUGUAUGCCGCUGCACGGGUGUAGUGGGGGUACAAGAGGUCGGUCGAGUCACUCCGCGGCUGAGCGCUCGCGAGCAGGACGCACAGGCGGUGCAUUGCUGAGAUCUACUACGAUCUCCGACGGCACGACACAACUUCAAGGUCAACGUCUCGGCACCACUGAAUCAAGAUGCUGCGCUCACUGCUGGUGCUGGCCGCGCUGCUGCACUGCGGAGCGGCUGUGACCUCUCUGCAGGACAUGGAGACUGCCAUCGUCGGAUUGGACACAAAGAUGCGGAUGGUCGCCAACAAACUCCAUCGCCACGAAGCCAGAUCACGACAGGUGAAUGACGUCACCACCAAAACACUGCGUGCCAUCGUCACCCAGACCGCCGGUCAGAGCCGAAACGUGGAGAGCAUCGCCGUCUACAUGGCCAAAAUGGAGGCCAGGCUCAUCAAAAUGGAACAGGCCCUGGUCAAGAACGACCGUAAGAUGGACCAGCUGUUGGACCUGGUGAGGGAGCAGGGCACUGGAGCGCUGCAGGCGAGGGCCGGCAGGGGCUCUGACACCUCGGAUGAGGUGAUGACCAAGCUCACCACCCUGGACGGCAACCUCAACCACAGGAUGACGGCUCUGUUCAACGAGGCCAUCACGUCGCGGGAGACGGUGAUGUCGCACCUGGAGAGGCAGGACGUCAUGAUCAACGACCUCAGCAACAGCCUGGGCAGUGCGUCCGGCUUCAGCUCGAACCUGCAGAAGACGUCUACCUCCCUGCUCGACACCGAGGCCAAGCUGGCCAAACACACCAAGGACGCCGAGAUGAUCCUGACCCAGUUCUCGGUCGGCGUCGGGGUGCUGAUCGACAACUCGCACAAACUCGGAAACGACAGCCGCCUGGUGGCUGACGACGUCAGCGCUAUUCGUCAGGACCUGCAGCGUAUGGAGGAGCAGAUGGACGCACGACAGGUGGAGCUGUUCAGCAGCCACUACCAGACGAGCAGCAGUCAGAACGGAGAUCUGCAGUCGCAGUUGCAGCAGGAGAUCGCCACGGUCGUCAAUUCAACCUCAUCCGAGCUGAGCCAGCUGAAGACAGAGCUGAAGGAGAUUGGCGAGGAGCGUGACCGCAUGGUCAACACCCAGGUGGAGACGCUGAAGGAGGGCCAGGCGCAGCUGACCAACAUGGUGCAAGAGUCGAUGGUGAUGGCUGAGGGCCUGUACGACAGAGUCAGCCAGGGAUACGACGAGCUCAAGGGAGAAAUCCAGGGUCUGUCCAACCUGGAGGAAGUGAUGGUGGACACGGCUGACAGCGUGCUGGACACCAAGCGGCGACUCGAGUACGGCGUCCAGCAGAUCCUGCUGGAGGUCGAGGCUGCCGUCCGGGCGCAGGGCAUCAAGAUCAACGGCACCUUCUCCUCCAAGUUCGGCACCAUCUCCGAGGAGAUUCUGGCCAGCCAGUCGGUGGCGCUGAACAACAUGACCAAAUCGAUUGAGUCAGAGAUCGCUCAGGUGUGGCGUCAGAUUGGAGUUAUGUAUCAGACCCUCUCCACGUCUGCUCAGGUGCUGGACAAGAUUGACGACAAGACGACGCAGUAUGUCAACGGCACACUCGAGAAGACCGAGAAGGUGGACGGCACUGUCGGCGACGUGGCCAAACGGGUCGGCGAGGUGGAGGAGAACCUCAACUUCCUACUGGGUCGUCUCUCGCUGGUCGUCUCCGAGUUCAACCAGAUGAAGUCGGGCAUCGGCGCCGAGCUGGACCUGCUGCGCACCAAGUUCAAGUCGUUCGGCCCCGGCAAGGAGGGCGAGUCGGAGCAGGCGACUCCCGACGUACCGGGCCCGGGCGAUGAGCCCAGAAAGGUGCCGAUCGUCUGAGCCGGCGGCUAUAGAAGAGCUUCCAGCGGAGCAGAGCGUGUAGCAGGGCGAUGGUGAGGUAUGAGUCGUUGAACCGCUGCAGUUUGCCGGUGUCAGUGUAACUCGCGUGCCUUAUUUGGCUGGCUACAUCGAGCAGAGGUCAGUGUCAGGGAUUGCGGCUUGCGAGAGGCCGCCGGCUGGUGCGCCGCUUUUACGAGGUGCUUUUUGUACAUCUGCUGGGCGCCAGAUGGUACAUUUGUAGAUUCUGGACUCGGUGAAGCGUGGUUACGGUUUUAGUUGCCGAGGCCUUAGCAGCGACCGUUUGUGCCUUAUCUCGUUAUUUACGUAAGUUGAUGCAAGCGUGCACCACUUUGCUAGACGUUAACAGCUUCAGUAUUUUUCCUGUAAGGGAUACGACGUAACACGAUCUUUUCUCGUGCUUUUAGGAGGCAGUCUCUAGACACAUGUCUCGUUUUCACGGCUGCCUAGCAUAAGUGUGUGCUGUAAUACGAGUGCCAUAUGUUUUGCCGUGAGUCAGUAGUGUUUGUGUUUCUGUGUCGUUUUGGUAGAGAGUGCGGUCGUUUGAGGUCACCGAGCCGUUUUGUUAGUUCGCUUCAUCUCGAAGGCUGUCGUUUUUCUUGUUUCUCGUGUCAUUGUCCUGAGUUUGGUAACAACGUCCCUUUCCCUCUGCUCGAACUACGCAAUGCGGAGGCUGCAACUGGGCACUCGAAUGGCGUCUUAUUAAAACCUUCCCCAAACAUACGCCAAAUAGUUAACUACUCGUGGGCAUGAUCUUCAGUACUGCAAGCAAGCCUGCCGGCUGCCGAGCUGUCAGUGCAGGACGUUUACACUGCAGCGAGUGGGGAGCGGUCUUGCGGAGCGGAGGGGCCCGCGUGCAGUGUCCUCUCUUUGCUAAACUGUGUAUAUACAAUCAUUGUCGGUUGUCGGUCGGCGACCCCUCUGCCCGUGUGAGAUGAAAUAUACACAACCAUGGCUCGUUGUCACGCCA